GAAGUGCCGCCGCGCCAUCAUGGCGCCGGUGUCGCGCUCCCGCAGUCCUCCCGCCGCCAGUCCCGAGCGCCGCGGCCGUCGCUCCCGAUCCCGAUCCCGGUCCCGCAACGGCUCGCGGCGCGGCUGCCACCGGCGGAGCCGCAGCUGGUCCCGCUCCCGAGAGCGCAGCCCCGGCGGGCCUCGCGCCUCCGCGCACCACGGGCACCACCACGGCAAGGCCUGGCCCGAGUACUACGAGAAGGAGAAGGAGGAGAUCCUGCGGCAGAGGAGACUGAAUGAGAGAGAGAGAAUUGGAGAGCUGGGUGCGCCUGAAGUCUGGGGACUUUCACCGAAGGUUCCUGACCCCGAGUAAGGCACAUUCUUGCUUCUUGCUCUCUGGUUUUUAUUAUACUGAUUCUAGAAGAAUUUACAAAAAUGCAUUAGCCCUGCGCUCCCCCAGACACCACAGUUCAUUGUGUCAGAAGCUUCUGAACCAGCAUAAGCAAACAGUGAAUUUAUUCAAAUAAUCCCAGUAUAGCAGUUACACAAGAAGUGAUCUGCAGAGUUUGCGGACGACACCAAGCUGGCAGGAAGCGUCGAUCUGCCUGGGGGUAGCGAGGCUCUACAGAGAGAUCUGGACAGGCUGGAUCUCUGGGCUGAAGCCAAUGGGAUGAGGUUUAACAGGACCAAGUGCCG